AUGCUCGAUCGCGCAUUUGUCUGUGCUGGCUGCACAGCGCGCUCGGCUCGCCCAGUCCUACGGGUCAAGUCGUUCUCCCCAAAAUCCAUAUCGAAACGAUUGAACAGUCAUGUUGCUUCGGGGAACCGGCCUACACGAGUUGCCGUUGUGGGCUCUGGACCUGCAGGAUUCUAUGCCGUGGCAAGGCUAUUGAGCAAGCACGAUGAUCUCAAGGUUGACAUGUAUGAGAAACUACCGGUGCCAUUCGGACUGGCUCGGUACGGAGUUGCCCCGGAUCAUCCAGAGGUAAAGAACUGCGAGGACAAAUUCACCGAGGUCGCAACAUCCUCACGCUUCAACUUCGUCGGUAAUAUCGAGCUCGGAAGCGACCUACCUCUGGCCGCUCUCAAACCCCACUACGAUGCCAUUCUUUUCGCAUACGGAGCGUCAAAAGAUAAAGAACUUGGAAUCCCCGGAGAAAAUGCUCUGCGUAGCGUAUACUCGGCCCGCUCCUUUGUAGGAUGGUACAAUGGUCUACCCGAACAUCGGCAUUUGGACCCGGACUUGUCCAGCGGUGAGGAUGCAGUGAUUGUUGGACAGGGAAAUGUAGCACUCGAUGUCGCCAGAAUCUUGCUGUCGGACGUCGAUGCGCUUCGAACCACAGAUAUUGCCGACCAUGCUCUGGAAGCGCUGUCUCGGAGUCGGAUCAAGCGGGUGCGAGUUGUUGGUCGCCGAGGACCGCUACAGGCUUCAUUCACAAUCAAAGAAGUUCGUGAAUUGCUUCAAUUGCCGUCCGUUUCGUUCGAACCGAUCGGGAAGGAUGUCUUCCCUCCAGAAGAUGUCAUCAAUGCCCUCCCUCGGGCCCAGAAGCGAUUGAUGCAGCUCCUCGCUAAGGGCUCCGCCAAUGACCCCGAGACAGCAACCAAGAAGUGGUCUUUGGAUUUCCUCCUCUCUCCCGAGUGCCUCGAUUGGUCACCAGUGCACCCAUACCACCUGUCGCAUGCUAAAUUCUCUCGCAAUGAGCUCGACCCCUCUGAUCCCUACACCGCCAGCUCCAAAGUCACACCGAAAUACCUCUCGAACGGAAAUCGCGCUCAAGUCAAUCUCCCCGCCAGUGUCUUCUUCCGCAGUGUGGGCUACAAGUCACUUCCGCUGCCAGGGCUGGAGGAUCUCGGUAUCGAGUUCGAUACUCGGCGUGGCGUGAUUCCUAAUGAUGGACUUGGUCGCGUGACAAGUCCCUCGGAAGCGGGUGAACCCCGCAAACUGCCGGACGGGUCAUUGAUUUCCUACUUGCCUGGCUUAUACUGUGCCGGGUGGGUCAAGCGUGGCCCGACGGGGGUCAUUGCGUCGACGAUGACAGAUGCCUUCACCACAGUGGACACUAUAUUGCAUGACUUGGCCAGCCACAAAGGCUCUCUCCUACAUAAUUUUGAAAAGAGCACCGGUCUAGGCUGGGAUGGAGUCAAGGCCGAAGUACAGCAACGUGGACUUCGGGCAACAUCCUGGCAAGACUGGCAGCGCAUCGACAGUAUUGAGCGUGAGCGCGGUCAGCAGAAGGGCAAGCCUCGUGAGAAGUUUACUCGUGUUGAAGAAAUGCUUGAAGCUCUCGAUUAG